AUGACAGAGCAGCAGCGAAUGGACUUGCUUCGAGGAGUGCUUUUCACUGAUGAGCCAUCUGUGAUGGACGCGGCAUUCUCUUUGUUGAUUCCGGAAUGGAUUUCCUUCAUUCAUCGAGUGCAGGAGCGAGCGAACAAAAGAAGAUCUAGGGGAGAUCACGUCACAGAGGAAGAAACAGUGCCUGAGAUCAGGAUCAAGGAGGAACUAGACACUAGUAAUGUACACCAGAAGAAUAGUGAUCAUGGUCUUGGAGCAGCAGCCCAAGGUCUGCUAGGAAUGAUCGAUUUUUGCGAUGACCCUGAGGCCGAUAUACUAGCACGCACAACCCUCUUCUUCACAUUUGAUGUCAUUCGUCAUAAGCUACAUUUUCAACAUAGCAGUUUAACUUAUUUCGUUUCCUCACUUGUAAGAGACAACACCUUUCCUGAAAUAUUGUCCACUCAUAACUACCAGAAUUUGUUGGAUAAAAGCUUGUCGAGAACAGAUCAAGCUCAGUAUGCGUUCUUUUGGCGGGUGCUCAUCGAAUAA